AUGAACAAUUUUCAGCUAGAGCAAGCUGGUGCGUCAAGGUGGCGUCUGAAAGAGGAACUGCCGGCAGCCAUAUUCACGACUGGUCAGACCGGUACGUUAACAUCAACCGAUAAACAGCAGCAUUCUAUGAAAACGUCAUCUCAGCUCCAACUCACCUCAUCAAGUGUAUGUCAAGGAUGUAUAGAAAUCAAGAAAGAAGUGGACGAAAUGAAGCAGCACUUCGAACGGAAUAUUCAAGCGUUAAUGUCUCAGAUGUGUUCGGUGAAUGCCAACGAAACAUCACCAUUAUCGAGCAGUCGAGUAACUCCAUCGCUACCUCGCAAGCAUACAGCUGCUUCGACGCCUGAAUGUCCCGUUGCACUCAGACCUAUGCCUACAUGUACCGUUCCAUCUCCAUUCGUUCACUGGAAUCCUUGGCUGCUGUCGUCAGCCGUACCGCCAACAAGUCCUACUGUUCCAUCGUUGUCACUUCCAGAUUCAUUGCACUUAGAUUCUUCAUCGAAACAAUGGAGCGAAUUGUCGCAUGUCGAUCCAGUUGGGCUGGAAGGAAGUGAAUCGUCAUCAGUAUCCUCAGCAGCAAGUACAAGAAUCAUGGUUGCUAGCCCUGAGCGAACAACACCAGCGAGCUUGAUAAAUAAUGCAACUUCGAAAUUUGAUCCAAUUUCAUCGACGUUGAACAAUCCGACGUUAUUAUUUCAACAUCAUCUUUUACAGCAGUUACUUGCUGCAAAUGCUCAAAAUACUGCUUCUUCGCAUUUAGCUCAACAACAUACUUUAAGACAACAUUCGAAUGAUCUAACCCAACAACAACACCUUGUUACAAGCACCGUUGAUAAAGCGGUGUCCAGCAACCAAUUCAUACCCCCUUUGGAGACACUGAUGAAUCAAACUCAAAAUCAGCAGCACUUCAGUCAUCAACAACAACGACUUGUUCAGCAGUUAUUCUCAAAUGUACAAAAUCAACAGCCAUCAACAUUAGUUCAUCAUCAUCAUCAUCCCCAACAAAAACAAACAACACCUUCAGUCAUAUCGAAUGAACGAAAGAAGCCGGUAUCGGAUGAUUUUGUGAAAUCGAUUCGUCAAAAGGGGGUUAGCAAAAGCAGUGUUUUAAAUAUCAAAAUCCCGGUGCCACAAGCGUACGUAUGUGAUCCAGAUUUUGUACCGGUCAGUGAAGAGCAAAUUAUACAGCAGUUCCAUCAGAAUCGUCGUUGUGAUGAUGACAUAAGGAAAGCGAUGACAUUUCUAUCGAAAAUGCUUGCUGAAAAACGAGUAUUUGGUACGAAAUUAAUGGCACAAACAACUGUGGCUGGUCCUAAUCAUUCCACCUAUAAAAAUCUACCUGAAGAAGGGAUCCAUUACAUCGCUUAUGUUUGCCGUAACGUAAUGCUUCAUCGUAUUCCGAACGAGAAUGAAUUCUGGGAGGUAUUUCGUGAUGUGACACGUAAAUUGGCAGCUAGAUGCCGACGUGUACGUCAUUCAAAGAAGACCAGGUGUGAGGCCGCGAACGAACAAUCCAACACAACAGUUCGUAUUCGCGACUGUAAUGCUAGUUGUAUUGAUAAUCAGCAUCACCGUCUCACUUCUGAGUCUAUUCGAAAUGCCUCACAUACACAUCUUUCUAAUUCACCACCAUUCAAAUCUGCUGGAAUCGGUGUUGUAGCGGCACCAUGA